ACAAAUCUAGCAAACCAUAACUUAGCCUGUGUUAUUAUAUGCACCAAGACUCCUUUAAAAACCAUGAAGCCAUCUCCGUUUUACAAUUCUGCUAUCCGCUUUUCAUGAUUGUCUGUGAAAAGUGUUACAGAUCUAAACAUAUUCAGGUUCCUCCUGGAACCUUCAUAUAGAUGGUUCUUUAAUAACCAAAAAAUGGUUCCCUUACCAACAACCACUUUGGCACCUUUAUUUUUAAAAGUGUAGGCUGGUAUUUUUCUCCUGCCCAAUGAUGCCUGGCGUGCCCCUUGACUGAAUUAACAGAGAUCAGAAAGGAUGACUAGACUGUGAACGGCAGUCUCUUUUUAUCACCGAUUUGAAACAUUAAAAAUGACGUCCAAGGUUUAAAGCUGCACUAGGCAGCGGUAACACUCUGGAUGGACUUGAUCCUGAACCUGUGACUUUAGAAACUUAAAUGGCGUUCUGUGUAAUAAAGGGUGGUCUGCCCUGAUCGCCCACCUCGUGUACUGUACAUACUGUACAUGCUCACGGUGGGCACUCAAGAGUUAAGAAAGGAGGCGGGACCCUGCUGCCAUAGUAGGCCACCCCCUAGUGUGCGAUCACAACAGUAGCAACAAAGUGCAUCUAACAACUGGCAGACUGGGCGCUCUUGGAGCUGGCGGUGAGCUUUUUCCAAACAUGCAUGUAAUCAGUCCUCAGAUUUCUACUGGAAAGGCGACAGGAAAAUAAUAGGGGGGAGAGCGGAGAUGAGCAGGACCCCUUGGAUGCUUAUUCUCUCGCAUGCCGGCAGUCGCCUCAGUGGAGGUGCAACUCAUUUCCCGACUUGGAUUUAAAGCGGAGGAUCGACUGCUCCCUGCCGUACAGCCGGUUGGCUCUGCAGGGCAGGGAUUAUAAUAAGCGGCGGAUCGGACACUCGUAAAGUGCGAUCGCUGCCCGCAAGCGGCCACCCCGAAGCGUGGGGUCUCCACCUACAAGGAGCAAACUUGGAUUGUAUUUUUUUUUCUCUUAUUACAUUAGCGAUCUGUGGAAACGUAUCACUGUGAAUUGGAAGACUGGAUUACAAUAAAACUGGACUAUCGUCGGCACAUUGGGGAUAUACGUGGUUGAAGGAAUUAUUUGGAUUUUGUUUUCCCGCAUCGCAACACAAGCGUUUCAAGUUCGACAAGCAGCAGAGGAUGACCAUCACAGAAUUGUCGGGAGAAACUUGAUCGACACCCAGCAAAGAACAACAAUUGCACUAAAAAAAGGUCCUCUAGGAUUUGCGUUCACUUUCUGGGAAUUACCGAACUGGAAAUCCCUUUUUUUUACGGCAGCCUAUUACAGCUGCUUUUUCAGGAAAUAAAACGUCUUUGCUAUUAAAUGUGACAUUUAGGCUUCUCUCGCUUUCAAAUUCUCCGUGUGGACCGAGUUAAAGGGACGCCGAGGUAAUCCAGCAUGCAAAGUUCCUGCCUUCAGGAGAGCGAGUGCGCCUUCGCUCCAAAAGCCCGAUUUUCAGAGGAGGAUGAAACGGCCGCCGGGCGCUUCAUUCUGCACGGAGCCGACACACCCCCGGUCUCUCCAGAGGACGAUCGGUUAAGUAAAAACGCUGUGCUGGAAGAAGGGGCGACUGAAAAUGUGACAGGAAGGAGAAGUCCGCAAGAAAGCCAGGCUUUCUGCAGACACAGAGCCAGGGGGUCCAGUCGUGGGGUAGGCGAUGCCAUGGACUCGACGCCGACGCAGCAGCAGCAGCCCCUGGACAGCCAGCAGGAUCGGACUUUUUACCACCAAUGGGACUCCGGGUGUGCAGUCAAGCAGCUCCCCAGUGACGGGUUCGCUCGAGACUUUGCGCAGCAUUUGGGAAGCUGUCUGGCGCCGCUGCACGAAAGCAAAAACGGCGUCGGCGAAGAGAUCGGCGGCUCGACGCCAGGCGCUGCCUGCAGUUUAAGCCCAUCCUUGUGCUUUUCUACAGAAAGCGGAGAGGAGGCAGAAGGCGGCUCUGCUGCGGAGAGACAGCAGCGAGUUGUGAAAAGUCAGUGUCAGAUUAAUAAUGCCAGCGCCACGUUGGAGGAGGCGCAGGGCAGCGCAGCAGCGCCUGUUACUCAGCGUAUCCAAAUGGGAGCGGAGCCAGGCGGAGAAUACGCUUGUCUGGGCAGUCCGGGGUACAACGAUUUCGCAGCAAUACGGGCCGAUUCGGAACCGGACACCAAUCAAUGGCGCCAGGGAAAUGGGGCCCCGAACCUCUGUAGCGUCCAGGAAGAGCCGGAUUUAGUGAUUGAGGUGGCUGGAAAGCAAAUCCGGGCGCACAAAUCUAUCCUAGCAGAAAAGAGCGACUAUUUCAAGGCACGCCUCUCGAGGGAUAUUCUGAAAGUCAAAGGGGUGAGCUAUAAGACUUUGGCGGUGCUCAUCGAUUACAUUUAUACGGCCAGGAUGGACGUGAGUAAGGAGAACGUGGUGGAGGUCAUCACGGGGGCCAAGGUGCUUCAGGUUCCUUGCGCGGUGCAAUCUGCGGUGGACGCGAUGACGGCACAGAUCACCAUGGAGAACUGCUACGAGAUUUUAACCAUAGCAAAAAAGCAAAGGCUGAGCGAGCUGAAGGACACCGCGUACCGCUUCAUGAGCGACCACUUUCUGCAGGUCCUCCGGGAUCCGGCCGUGUACGGGCGACUUACGGGCUCGGAGAGGGAUCUGGUCUUGAAAGGCCGGAUGGAGGGCAAGAGCUGCUUGAUGGUGGCCGAAAUCAACGACGUGUAUGACCGUGUGGGCAGCAGACCACAAAGCAGGGACAACAGCCGCCCCCAGAGCCCGCUGUCCAUAGCGUCGUUUGAGGACACCCACCUGAUUUACUGUUACAGCGAAGAGCACAAGGACUGGAGGCCGCUGACUCGCAUGCCAGAGGAUGUCAACACAAAGGGCUGCGGGAUUUGCACCAUGUUCAAUUACCUGUUCGUCGCAGGUGGCAUUCGGGGAUCUGGAGAUAAAGGCAAGCUUUCCGACCGAGUGUUUUGCUACAACCCUGUUACGGACAUGUGGAGCGAGACCAAGCCUUUAAAUCAGGCAAGAUCUCAGCUCAAGCUGGUUUCCCUGGAUGGCUACCUGUAUGCGAUAGGAGGCGAGUGUCUCUUUACGGUGGAGAAAUACGACCCUAGGAUGGACAGAUGGACCCCCGUGGCCCCGCUACCCAAAGGCGCCUUCGCCGUGGCCCACGAAGCCACGACCUGUAACGGGGAGAUCUACGUGUCGGGGGGCUCCCUCUUCUACCGCCUCCUCAAGUACGACCCCAAGCGGGACGAGUGGCAGGAAUGUCCAUACAACAAUAGCAGAAAGAAAUCAACGGACAUGGUGGCGUUCAAAAAUUUCCUGUACAGGUUCGACGUCAAUCGUGACCAGGGUGUCAAUGUCUUCAAGUACAACGCCAUCGUGAAACUGUGGAGCGAUUGCGCCUCCCUGCGGCAGCCCUCCCCGCUGCCCUUCAGGUGCGCAGUCAUGGGGAAUUGCGUCUAUUGCGUCAACAAGACGCACACGCUGCAGCUCAUCAUCGAGGAGGACGCGGCGGCGGGGGCGAGCUUCGGGCACGAGCCGCUCAAGGCGCCGCUCGAAGCCAAGGGGGCGCUUUUCCCUUUCGUUCUGCGCGUUCCCGAGAAGUCGGAGCGGAACGCGCAGUGACGCAGGCUGCCGAUCGACAAGGAUGAGGUGACGAGAAGGGACCCCCUCCCAUAUCUCAGUGUUUCACUGCCAUCCCGGAGCCUGGAGCCACCAUAUAAACAGGAAUGUUGCUUUUUUAUCUUUGCAUGUUGUUGGUAAAAUGUGGUGUUCUCUCCUACAGGCGGAUUUUCUCUUAUCAAAGUGUACAGGUUCAAGAAGGCCCCUUUGACAGUCACAAUGGAAUACGUGCCAGUGUGUGUGUGUGUUUUUUUUUUGGAAACUGGACACUACAACAGCAGUGCCCCUGCAUCUGCCCCUUACCGUAGGACACCAUAAGGUGAGGGGGUCAAGGUGGGCAAGAUACUAUAUAGCAUCAUAUGCAGUGCUAACUCACUUUUUUAUAGGAUGUUGUUUUUCAAUGUUUUCAGCUUCUUUGAUCAAUGUCAGCUUGUUAAAUCUUUGCCAGCCUCUUAUUUACAAAGCAGCACUGGCACUCUGCCCAUAGCACAAAGCUGGCAUCAGCACUGUAAUUACGGUUUGUGGCUAGAACUCCUUUGGUGCCUUUCUGGAAAUCUCUUGGACACGCUACAGUGUUGUAGCAGAAAUGGGUGCUCAACUGAAAUGAAGAAGAUGAGAAGAAGAAAAAAACAAAAACAGACUUGGAGUUUAAUAAACUGUCAGUUGCACCCUGCAGAUGCUCACAGUAAGGAUUUCUGCCAGAGGUGGCCUGAUCUGGCAGGGCAGUGCCGCCUGCUUCUGUAAUAAAGAAUUCCUGUCUGAGCUGUCCACAUUUCGAUUAUGCAAACCUGCACACCGCCUUUAGCAUUUAUAGAGCGGCUUUUUAAAGUAGGGAUGGGCACAGGGAGCUGAAGAAACCUCCAGGGAUUCCUAAAUGUGUUUUCCAGUUGUUCCGAGGGGAUGUGGGCAAGAUCGGUUCAUUUCAAGUGUGUUCACACCGCACAUGCUAGCAAUAUGCCAAGAGUGAAAGGGUGCAAGUGCUCUGGUGUGUGACAGCUACAGAUACAGAAUUGAAAUCCAAAUCCAAACAUUGAAAUUGACAGUGCUAAACUAUUGAGGCUACUGCAACACACAUCAGAAUGAUGGCGGCCAUUGGCUCACACCUUUUCUCUCGCUAGGGUCUACUUAGUGACUUAGCGAUGUAUCAGACACCAGUGUAAGGGCUUAAACUGUACACCAGACAGCUGCCCUCUAAAAUGUGACGGCUGUUAUCAGUCAUGUCUAUUGUCAUGUGUACAUAGUGCAGUGAAAUUCAUACCUGCAUGUCUCCUCAGAUGGUGGUGUAGCUGACAUUGGACAGGCAGAGUAGUUGAUCUCACUAAAGGGAGGAAUCUGAUGCCAUCUUCAUAAAAUCUGCAAACGCUGUGUGUGCGUGAGUCCUUUCUUUGGCACUGAGUGCCACUAGGAUAGGCUGCCUUAUCUAAGCGUGAGAGCCUCCUUGUUCUUGUCGAAGUUCACACUUAACCUUGCACUCCAUUUUCUGAGCUGCGUAAUCAAACUGUAGGGUUGUGGAGUUGAGAUGCCUGGAACCUUGCACUCCAUUUUCUGAGCUGCGUAAUCAAACUGUAGGGUUGUGGAGUUGAGAUGCCUGCCUGUCUGCCAUGACAUUAACCAGCCUUGUAUGGGAGUCAUAAACCAGGCUGCUUUGGACUUAUUGAAGAUAUGGAAGCCCUUGAGGUAAACCCACGCUAACUCCGCACAGACUGGCCUCAAUUUGAAACCAGUCCCCUGGAGGUAUGGAGCAGUGGUGCCACUCUCCUCGCGGCAGUUUGAUUUGUACAAUGGAGAGGGCAGAUGGCAAGUGGUCUUCCCUCUGCAUGUUCCACACGUUAGAUCAAAUUCUCUGUUGUUGUCAUUUAGGUCCACCUGCAAGGAGCAGGAAGAAGGGUCACUGAGUAGCAGGCAAACAGGAUCAAUCGACUGGUUAUAGUGCCGUCCAUGCUGACUGGAGUGCCCAUCCCCAUUUUAAAGUGAUGGCCUUUUGCUUUUUUUUGUUUCUUGUUAGCCAUCAUUAACAAUGACGUCCUGUAGCAUCGCUGAGGCAGGAUGGCAGCGUCAGUCAUCUUGUGUAAUUCCAGAUUCAAACAACUGCAUUUUGAUCUCAAUAUUAAUAACAAUGGCCAAGAAAUCCAACGUAUAAAAGUCUUGUGAGUUGCCCAGACUUACCUUUCGUUUAGCAGGUCAACACACAUCAGAGCUGCGACUUUAGGCCUACUUGAACUUCAUUGGCUAGUUGUGCUAACACACUGGACUGUAAACGCUUUUUGUUCUGUGACCCUAAGUAAGUAAUUUGACCUGUCGGCGCUCCACUUAGCAUUCUGGGGGGAGUCGUGUCCAGUUCUUUUAAGGGGCUUCAGUAUAGGGUCAUUCAAAGAGGACUGGACACUUUCCAAAAAGUGUUACUCAAUAACUGAAGUAUCUAUGAAUAUAAAGUGUGCACUAAAGUGUAGAGGUGUCCCCGAUUUUUCUGUGACUGUUGUGCGUGAAAUUUGCAUGCAUUGCCACGUCAACAUGUUAGGAGUGGAUUAGACCGCAGAAGUGACAAGUGAUGUGUGACUUGAGGGGCACCUAUUAAUCAUCUGUAAGUUUAAGAAUCCAAAUCGCUUUUUAUUCACCAGUACUUAAUGUACAGGAAUUUAACUUGGUAGUUUUUGAGUUGCUUAUAACAUAACACAACAUCAUAUACAAAUAACAUAAAUAAUUUAAAAAACGUUCAUUCUAAACUGUUGUAGAAUAGUGCAACUAGCUUUGCUACCUGUCUAGGACAAAUUGAAAUCUAAAUAAGUAAUGUAGACCUCAUCGUUAACAUUUGCAGUGCACCAUCUAUUCAAAGUAUUUUGAAAUGCAUGUAAGUAAUAACAUGCAUUGCAUUUUCCAUUCCAACAGAUGGCACAUCACAAACAUUUGUAGUAUUAAAACGCAUUACUGCAAAUGUUUGUGACAUGUCGUUUGUUGGAAUGACAGACAUAAGAACUGCACGGACACAUAGACACUUGUCCUUUUAUUAAGGUGGAUGUGCAAAUGAAAGUGUGUAUUUGUAUGGAUAGUGUGUACACACAAGUGCCUAAUGCAUACACACGAGAGGUUCCGUACAAAUUGGUUUAGACCAGUGAUUCUCAAAGUAUGGUCCAUCAACCACUGGUUGUCUAUAAUCAUUACAACAACACAGAGACUGGAGCGGGAAGGAG